AUGGCCUUAGUGCGAGCGUCCUCCAAGCUGCUGUUGACGUCGCGCAUAUCGCCCUCGGCGCGGCGGCUUUCGGCGCUAUCAUUCGUGCCGCAGCUGCGAGCAUCGAUCCCUCCGUCGCUACCUACCAUUCACGAUUUGGUCGAGCGCUACGAGCGCGGCGUGCAAACUUUCAAACCAAAUGAAAGCAUUCAAUCCGACGUAGUCUUUGCGAACAACCACCUUCGAUUGUCUGGCAUCGACGUCGUCGGUUUCGACUAUGACUACACGCUGUGCCACUACUCGGAGGAACUGCAGCAUCUCAUCUACGCAAUGGCGAGAGACUACAUGUACGACCCAAGCUUUGCCAUUCGAGGUCUGACGAUCGACAAGCAAAAGGGUCUUCUGUGCAAGAUCAGCUCGCACCAGAAACUGUCAAACACGGCGGUAUUCCGGGGACGCCAUCGACUCUCGCGGGACGAAGUUAUGGAGUUAUAUGGAGGCUCUAGACAUAUUUCUGUGCGCGAUCGUGACUACAACAUGGAGCCGUUGAACGAUCUCUUCAGUGUGGCGCACGCAUGUCUGUUUGCCGACGUGGUGCAGUACAUGAUUGAUCGCGACAUCGAGUACGAACCGAUCGCAUUGGUUGAAGACGUUAACCAGGCCAUCACGAACGUCCAUCUGAGCGGUGAGAUGCACAAGGAGGUAGCACGCGAUCUAUCGAAAUACAUUGAACCCAACCCGGCCUUGAGACCGCUUCUGGAACGCAUUCGGAACUCUGGCAAGAAGAGUUUUUUGUGUACAAACAGCUCGUUUCCAUACAUCAAUGCUGGUCUAAAGUAUAUGCUGGGGGACGACUGGCGAGAGCUAUUCGAUGUGGUCAUUGUCAGCGCACGGAAGCCUAAAUUUUACACGCGCCAGCGCUCCUUCCGAAUGCUCGACAUCGGACACAAACAAGUCCAGUGGCAAGCUGUGCGAGCACUGCACCGCGGAGAGGUUUACACGCAAGGAAGCGUCUACCAACUAUCGAAACUUACCGGUUGGGUGGGCAGCCGUGUGCUUUACAUCGGCGAUAACUUGUUUUCAGAUUUGGUUGAGCCCUCGCGUGCAAAUGGCUGGCGAACGGGUGCGAUUAUCCGUGAGCUGGAAGAUGAGAUGAAUGUGCACCGGACGCCUGAAUACCAGCGACUUGCAUUUCAGAUCAGCAAAAUCGAAGAGUUAAUGCGCAGCAUCCAGAACGACUUGCGCUCGGAGCCAGUUCCUCAGAACCACGCGUUUGUGGAUCAACUGGUUAAUGUUCACGAGGCGCUUCAGACGGAGAUGGAGAAUCUGGUCAACGUCAACUUCGGAUCGGUUUUCCGAGCUGACACGUACCCAUCGCAGUUCGCCUUCCUUGUACAGCGCUAUGUCGAUAUCUAUUCAGCACGCUUAGAGAACCUGUUGGAGUAUCCCUCCAACCAUACGUUCUACCCUGAGCGCAUUGCCAUGCCACAUGAGUACCCCGCCGAGGCGUCGCGGUACGACUAA